AGACCAUUCCAUGCCCUAAACCCUUUUGGUGGGUCCAGACCCCAACCGAAAUUUCCUCUCUUUUCUCUGCGUCCCAUAGUCGCACUCUACCAGCCUCCACCAACCGCCUUCUUCCUCCUUGACCACCACCACGACGGCCGCCUCAUGCAAACAUCACCAAGAAAACAACUUUUUCCAGCUCCCGUACAAAAAAAGUACCCCUUUUGUGCGGGACCCACAUUUCCGAUGAGGAUAUGAAAUCAAAAAAGAAGCCCUCCCACACAUUCCAAGAUCAACUGCAACCUUCCAUUUAUUUACCUGCAUAUAGUCAUUAUAUACAUUCUACACAUAUUUCCAUCGAAUUUCUCUGUCCUAGUAUUUUCCAUUCCUUCACCUUCUUUGUGGACUGGGUUUUUAUCGGCUUGAUCUGUGAGACCCAUUAGUAAAUUUUUUUCUUUUUUUCAUCUGGGUUCAGGUCAUAUUGGUUGUUUUGGCUGAUUCCUUGCUGGGUUUUUUGUUUCCAAAUCGGAAAGUUCGAUUUGAUUCCCUUGUUUUUGUUGUCGUGAAAUCUUUGAUUUGUGGGUGGGUUUCUAUUGUUUUUGGUCUGUCAAUGGGGGCUUUGGAUGAGGGGCACUGCAAUGGGGAGGUAGAGGGGUGUUUUGAGCUGGAUUUUGAGAAAGAGGUAGAGACGGUGGCCAUUGAGGAUGCUGUGAAAGUACUGUUGCAAGGUCUGGGUGAAGAUGUCAAUAGAGAAGGUCUCCAAAAGACCCCGCUACGUGUUGCCAAGGCCCUGAGAGAAGGGACCAGAGGUUACCGACUAAAGGUGAAAGAUAUUGUCCAAGGUGCUUUAUUCCCUGAAGCUGGAUUGGAGACCGGAACUGGUCAUGCUGGAGGAGUUGGUGGGCUUGUGAUUGUUCGAGAUCUUGAUCUCUUCUCAUACUGUGAGUCUUGCUUGCUUCCCUUCCAAGUUAAGUGCCACAUUGGGUAUGUCCCAUCUGGGCAUCGAGUUGUAGGACUAAGCAAGCUCUCUCGGGUGGCCGAUGUAUUCGCAAAACGACUACAAGAUCCACAACGUCUAGCAGAUGAAAUAUGUUCAGCUUUACAACACGGAAUCAAGCCAGCGGGCGUUUCCGUCAUAUUGCAGUGUUCACACAUUCACUUCCCGACUUUAGAAUCAGCCUUUCUUGCAUCGAAUCACCACGGAUUUGUAAAGAUGCUGGUUACUUCAGGUUCAGGGGUUUUUGAAAAUGAGAAGGCCGAUAUUUGGGGUGAUUUUCUGAGUCUUUUGAAAUUCAGAGGCAUAAAUGUGGAUAAAAUCCAUCCAAGAGACUCUGCUGACAAUUGUUGGUGCCCAUCUCAAACCACCUCUAAAGUGGGCCCUGCCAAUUCAGGAAUGACUGCUGCGGUAUCUUUGAUUCUUCGGUCUUUGGGUGAAGACCCGUUAAGAAAGGAGCUUCUAGGAACUCCUAAUAACUUUGUGAAGUGGCUAUUUAAUUUUAAGAACUCUCAUCUGGAGAUGAAGUUGAAUGGGUUCGUUCUUGGUCGAAUGGAUGCUCUUAAAUCCAUUGGUGAUGACAACAUCAAAUCUGAGCUAAACUUGUCGUUUUGGUCUCAAUGUGAGCAUCAUCUUCUUCCCUUUCACGGUGUUGUGCAUAUAGGAUACAUCUGUACUGGUGGAGUCGAUCCAAUUGGAAAGUGUCUCUUACAGUCGAUAGUCCAUUUCCAUGGUUUCAAGCUCCAAGUACAGGAGAGGCUCACGCGACAAAUAGCCGAGACCGCUUCAUCGCUGUUGGGGGGAGAUGUAAUGGUGGUGGUAGAAGCUAACCAUACUUGUAUGAUUUCUAGAGGGAUUGAGAAGAUCGGGAGUAAUACUGCCACAGUUGCUGUCUUGGGUCGAUUUUCUACUGACCCUGCCUUUAGGGCAAAUUUUUUGCAGAGCAUUCCGAAUUCUACUACCCCUGAAGGAUGAGCAACUUAUCUAAGUACCGCCAAUGGGUUAUUUUCUUUGCCUGGCAAAAUCUUUCCUUGUUUCGGCCUUUUGUAGUGGACUACCCCGUGGCAGAGACAUUUCAGAAGCAUAUCUAGUUCGGGAUUUCUCUAUUCUGCAAGUUUCCAAUCUUCUAUUUUGUUGUCUGAAGCAUUGAGAAGGACAACAUAAUUGGCUACAAGUUUUUUUUUUUUUUUUGGCGUAGUUGCAACAAUAAUGUAGUGCCUCCUUUCUGAGAGGUUUUUCACCGACGUGGGUGGUUGUUCGGAUUAUCAAAGAUUUGAGUAAGCACCAUUUGACUGAUGCGAGUAACCGAUCAAUAUUUACAUCAGGAAGUAUUGCCAUUAUCACUUCA